AUGAGGAGACUGGCUUUUCGAGGCGCUGGUUGUGCUCUGGUAAAGCUGAAGAAGUUGGAUUCAAUGGGUUCCAAGAGAAGAAGAGCUACUUCCCCUUCCAGUAGUGUCAGUGGGGACUUUGACGACGGGCACCAUUCCGUGUCCACACCAGGCCCAAGCAGGAAAAGGAGGAGACUUUCCAAUCUUCCAACUGUAGAUCCUAUUGCUGUGUGCCAUGAACUCUACAACACUAUCCGAGACUAUAAGGAUGAACAGGGCAGGCUCCUCUGUGAGCUCUUCAUUAGGGCACCGAAGCGAAGAAAUCAACCAGACUAUUAUGAAGUGGUUUCUCAGCCCAUUGACUUGAUGAAAAUUCAACAGAAACUAAAAAUGGAGGAGUAUGAUGAUGUGAAUCUGCUGACUGCUGACUUCCAGCUGCUUUUUAACAAUGCAAAGGCCUAUUAUAAGCCAGAUUCUCCUGAAUAUAAAGCUGCUUGCAAACUCUGGGAUCUGUACCUUCGAACAAGAAAUGAGUUUGUUCAGAAAGGAGAAGCAGAUGAUGAAGAUGAUGAUGAAGAUGGGCAAGACAAUCAAGGCACAGUGACUGAAGGAUCUUCUCCAAGUUACUUGAAGGAGAUCCUGGAGCAGCUUCUUGAAGCCAUAGUUGUAGCCACAAAUCCAUCAGGACAUCUUAUUAGCGAACUUUUUCAGAAACUGCCUUCUAAAGUGCAAUAUCCAGACUAUUAUGCAAUAAUUAAGGAACCUAUAGAUCUCAAGACCAUUGCCCAGAGGAUACAGAAUGGAAGCUACAAGAGUAUUCAUGCAAUGGCCAAAGAUAUAGAUCUCCUAGCAAAAAAUGCCAAAACUUAUAAUGAGCCUGGUUCUCAAGUAUUCAAGGAUGCAAAUUCUAUUAAAAAAAUAUUUUAUAUGAAAAAGGCAGAAAUCGAACAUCAUGAAAUGGCUAAAUCAAGCCUUCGAAUGAGAACUUCAUCAAAUUUGGCUGCAGCCAGGAUGACAGGUCCUUCUCACAGUAAAAGCAGCCUUGGUGAAGAGAGAAAUCCUACUAGCAAGUAUUACCGUAAUAAAAGAGCAGUCCAAGGGGGUCGUUUAUCAGCAAUAACCAUGGCACUUCAGUAUGGCUCAGAAAGUGAAGAGGAUGCUGCUUUAGCUGCUGCACGUUAUGAAGAAGGAGAGUCAGAAGCAGAGAGCAUUACUUCAUUUAUGGAUGUUUCAAAUCCUUUUUAUCAGCUUUAUGAUACAGUUAGGAGCUGUCGGAAUAACCAGGGGCAGCUAAUAGCUGAACCUUUUUUCCAUUUGCCUUCAAAGAAGAAAUACCCUGAUUAUUAUCAACAAAUUAAAAUGCCCAUAUCACUACAACAGAUUAGAACAAAGCUAAAGAACCAAGAAUAUGAAACUUUGGAUCAUUUGGAGUGCGAUCUGAAUUUAAUGUUUGAAAAUGCCAAACGCUAUAAUGUUCCCAAUUCAGCUAUCUACAAACGAGUUCUAAAAUUGCAGCAAGUCAUGCAGGCAAAGAAGAAGGAGCUUGCCAGGAGAGACGACAUUGAGGAUGGAGACAGCAUGAUCUCUUCAGCCACCUCUGAUACUGGUAGCGCCAAAAGAAAAAGUAAAAAGAACAUAAGAAAGCAGCGAAUGAAAAUCUUAUUCAAUGUUGUUCUUGAAGCUCGUGAACCAGGUACAGGCAGAAGACUUUGUGAUCUGUUUAUGGUUAAACCAUCCAAAAAGGACUAUCCUGAUUAUUAUAAAAUCAUCUUGGAGCCAAUGGACUUGAAAAUAAUUGAGCAUAACAUCCGCAAUGACAAAUAUGCAGGAGAAGAAGGUAUGAUAGAAGACAUGAAGCUGAUGUUCCGGAAUGCCAGGCACUAUAACGAGGAGGGUUCCCAGGUUUACAACGAUGCCCACAUCCUGGAGAAGUUACUCAAGGAUAAAAGGAAAGAGCUGGGCCCUCUGCCUGAUGAUGAUGACAUGGCUUCUCCCAAACUCAAGCUGAGUAGGAAGAGUGGCAUUUCUCCUAAAAAAUCGAAAUACAUGACUCCAAUGCAGCAGAAACUAAAUGAAGUCUAUGAAGCUGUAAAGAACUAUACUGAUAAGAGGGGUCGCCGCCUCAGUGCCAUAUUUCUGAGGCUUCCCUCUAGAUCUGAACUUCCUGACUAUUAUCUGACCAUUAAAAAGCCCAUGGACAUGGAAAAAAUUCGAAGUCACAUGAUGGCCAACAAAUACCAAGAUAUAGACUCCAUGGUUGAAGACUUCGUCAUGAUGUUUAACAAUGCCUGUACAUACAAUGAGCCUGAGUCUUUGAUCUACAAAGAUGCCCUUGUCCUGCACAAAGUCCUGCUUGAAACUCGGAGAGACCUAGAGGGAGAUGAAGACUCUCAUGUCCCAAAUGUGACCUUGCUAAUUCAAGAGCUUAUCCACAAUCUUUUUGUGUCAGUCAUGAGUCAUCAGGAUGAUGAGGGAAGAUGUUAUAGUGAUUCCUUAGCAUAAAUUCCGGCUGUGGAUCCCAACUUUCCAAACAAACCUCCUCUUACUUUUGACAUAAUUAGGAAGAAUGUUGAAAAUAAUCGCUACCGGCGGCUCGAUUUAUUUCAAGAACAUAUGUUUGAAGUAUUGGAAAGGGCAAGAAGGAUGAAUCGGACAGAUUCCGAAAUAUACGAAGAUGCAGUAGAACUUCAACAGUUUUUUAUUAAAAUUCGUGAUGAACUUUGCAAAAAUGGAGAGAUCCUUCUUUCACCAGCACUCAGCUAUACUACAAAGCAUUUGCAUAAUGAUGUGGAGAAAGAGAAAAAGGAAAAAUUACCAAAAGAAAUAGAGGAAGAUAAACUAAAACGAGAAGAAGAAAAAAGAGAGGCUGAAAAGAGUGAAGAUUCCUCAGGUUCUGCAGGUCUCUCAGGCUUACAUCGCACAUACAGCCAAGACUGCAGCUUUAAGAACAGCAUGUACCAUGUUGGAGAUUAUGUCUAUGUGGAGCCUGCAGAAGCCAACCUACAACCACAUAUAGUCUGUAUUGAAAGGCUGUGGGAAGAUUCUGCUGGCGAAAAAUGGUUAUAUGGCUGUUGGUUUUAUCGGCCAAAUGAAACAUUCCAUCUGGCUACACGAAAAUUUCUAGAAAAAGAAGUUUUUAAGAGUGACUAUUACAAUAAAGUUCCCGUUAGCAAAAUUCUGGGAAAAUGUGUGGUCAUGUUUGUCAAGGAAUACUUUAAAUUAUGCCCAGAAAACUUUCGUGAUGAGGAUGUUUUUGUCUGUGAAUCACGGUAUUCUGCCAAGACCAAAUCUUUUAAGAAAAUUAAACUGUGGACCAUGCCCAUCAGCUCAGUUAGAUUUGUUCCUCGAGAUGUACCCUUGCCUGUGGUCCGAGUGGCCUCUGUAUUUGCAAAUGCAGACAAAGGGGAUGAUGAGAAGAACACAGACAACUCAGAGGACAGUCGAACCGAAGAAAGUUUUAACUUGGAAAAGGAAAAAGAAGAUGUCCCUGUGGAAAUGUCAAACGGUGAACCAGGUUGCCACUACUUUGAGCAGCUCCGUUACAAUGACAUGUGGCUGAAGGUUGGCGACUGUGUCUUCAUCAAGUCCCAUGGCCUGGUGCGCCCUCGCGUGGGCAGAAUUGAAAAAGUAUGGGUCCGAGAUGGAGCUGCAUAUUUUUAUGGCCCCAUCUUCAUUCACCCAGAAGAGACGGAACAUGAGCCCACAAAAAUGUUCUACAAAAAAGAAGUAUUUCUGAGUAAUCUGGAAGAGACCUGCCCCAUGACAUGUAUUCUGGGAAAGUGUUCUGUGUUGUCAUUCAAGGACUUCCUCUCCUGCAGGCCAACUGAAAUUCCAGAAAAUGACGUUCUGCUUUGUGAGAGCCGCUACAACGAGAGUGACAAGCAGAUGAAGAAGUUCAAGGGACUAAAGAGGUUUUCACUCUCUGCUAAAGUGGUAGAUGAUGAAAUUUAUUACUUCAGAAAACCAAUUGUUCCUCAGAAGGAGCCCUCACCUUUGUUGGAAAAGAAGAUCCAGUUACUAGAAGCUAAAUUUGCUGAGUUAGAAGGUGGAGAUGAUGAUAUCGAAGAGAUGGGAGAAGAGGAUAGUGAAGUCAUUGAGCCUCCCUCUCUACCUCAACUUCAGACUCCCCUGACCAGUGAGCUGGAUCUCAUGCCCUACACACCCCCACAGUCUACCCCAAAGUCUGCCAAAGGCAGUGCAAAGAAAGAAGGCUCCAAACGGAAAAUCAACAUGAGUGGCUACAUCCUGUUCAGCAGUGAGAUGAGAGCUGUAAUUAAGGCCCAGCAUCCAGACUACUCUUUUGGGGAACUCAGCCGACUAGUAGGGACAGAAUGGAGAAACCUCGAGACAGCCAAGAAAGCAGAAUAUGAAGAGCGGGCAGCUAAAGUUGCUGAGCAGCAGGAGAGAGAGCGAGCAGCACAGCAACAGCAGCCGAGUGCUUCUCCCCGAGCAGGCACCCCUGUGGGGGCUCUCAUGGGGGUGGUGCCACCACCAACACCAAUGGGGAUGCUCAAUCAGCAGUUGACACCUGUUGCAGGCAUGAUGGGUGGCUAUCCGCCAGGCCUUCCACCUUUGCAGGGCCCAGUUGAUGGCCUUGUUAGCAUGGGCAGCAUGCAGCCACUUCACCCUGGGGGGCCUCCACCCCACCAUCUUCCGCCAGGUGUGCCCGGCCUCCCGGGCAUCCCACCACCGGGGGUGAUGAACCAAGGAGUGACCCCUAUGGUAGGGACUCCAGCACCAGGCGGAAGUCCAUAUGGACAGCAGGUAGGAGUUUUGGGGCCUCCAGGGCAGCAAGCACCACCUCCAUAUCCUGGCCCACAUCCAGCUGGCCCCCCUGUCAUACAGCAGCCAACAACACCCAUGUUUGUGGCUCCCCCACCAAAGACCCAACGGCUUCUCCACUCAGAGGCCUACCUGAAAUACAUCGAAGGACUCAGUGCUGAGUCCAGCAGCAUUAGCAAGUGGGACCAGACUCUGGCAGCUCGAAGACGUGAUGUCCAUUUGUCAAAAGAACAGGAAAGCCGCCUACCCUCUCACUGGCUGAAAAGUAAAGGGGCCCACACCACCAUGGCAGAUGCCCUCUGGCGCCUUCGGGAUUUGAUGCUCCGAGACACCCUCAACAUUCGCCAAGCAUACAAUCUAGAAAACCUAUAA